ACUAGUGUAGUCUUCAUCAGCAAACGAAACACGCUCCUAAUUACUCAAGUGUUCAUGGUCAACUCAUCCCCUUAUCUCCAAUAAUAUCUAUAUAUUACCAUCUCUGCUUCGGCAAAUUUCAUUCCUGAGUAAAAACAAAUCAUAUUAAGUCAUCUUACAGUGCUCCAAUUUAAUGGCGGAAUUCACCGGGCAUCCAUUAUACAGCUGCAGAAAGUGCCGGAAUCCGGUUGCACUGGCCGAUGAUCUUCUUUCUAAAGCCUUUAAGGCAAAAUCUGGGGCAGCCUAUAUGUUUUCUCAUGCAAUGAACAUUGUUGUGGGGGCAAAGGAGGAUAGGGAACUCAUCACCGGUCAUUUCACCAUUGCUAAAAUUUACUGCAGCAAAUGUGGGGAGGAAAUGGGUUGGAAUUAUGUCAGAGCUUAUGAUGUAAGGCAAAAGUACAAGGAAGGAAAUUACAUAUUGGAGAAGGCUAAAAUCCUGAAGGAGUAUUGAAACUAUGUGAAGACUGAGAAAAAUAUAUCAAUUUAUCAAUAAUGUGACUUAAGUUAAUGGUUUCUUCUAUAUAAAAGACUUAAACUGGUUGGCAUGUUUAUUUUUAAUACAUAUGAUUGUGCUGCAAUAAAGACUCCUGGUAGUUUAUUUUAAAUGUAACAAAGAUAAUUUUAUGGGACAAUGCUACAAUUAUCUACA